GACUGUUAAAAUUCACGCUCAACCAUUUUAUUUAAGAAAAAUAUUAAAUCUUUUUAAAAAAUGAAUAUUGAUUUUCAUUCUACCUUUUUAGGAAACUUUUCUUCAAUGUUAAAUAAUUCUGAUGAUUAUGAUAUUAUUAUAAAAGUUGGAAAAUAUCAAAAUAUUAAAGAAUUUAAAGCACAUUCAAAUAUUUUACGUGCUCGUUCUCAAUAUUUUAAAUAUGCAAUUUUGAAAGAAUCUAUUACAAAAGAGGAUGGUAUGAUAAUAUUAAAUAAACCAAAUAUCACUCCAAAUACUUUUAAGAUGAUUUUAGAAUAUAUUUAUAUCGGUGAAAUUAAUUUGACAAAUCAAGCAGGCAAAGAUAUUCUUGAUCUUUUAAUUACAUCUGAUGAUUUACUCUUUGAUGAAUUAUUUUAUAGUGUUCAAAAUUAUUUAAUUGAAAAAAAAUCAACUUGGAUUUUACAAAAUUUACUUAUUGUUCUUCUUACUAUAUCUAAACUUGAAAAAUACAAAAAGUUACAAAAUCAUUGCAUCAAAUCCAUUUUUGUGGGAACUAGACCAUUUAUUACUUCAAAGGAUUUUCUAUUAUUAGAUAAAGAAAUGCUUUAUUAUAUACUUAAAGAAUAUGAAUUACGUGCUUUUAAUAUUGAAGAAUCAGUUGUUUGGGAAUCUUUGAUUAAAUGGGGUAUUAACCAAUUACCUGAAUUAGAAAAUAUAUCUAAUCUAAAUGAUUGGACUGAUAAAAAUUAUGAGGAUUUAAAGAAUAUAUUAAGUAAAUUUAUUCCCCUUAUUAAAUUUUUAGAAAUUAAUUCUAAAGACUUUUAUCAUAAAGUUCGACCUUACAAAUUCAUCAUUCCAAAUGAUAUUUAUGAAGAAAUUACGGAAUAUUACUUAGUUGAAUGGCCUAAACUAUAUAGUUAUAUUCAAGGUCUUCGAGACAGAGAAAAUCUAAAUCUAUAUAUACCCUACAAACCCAGGAAGCCAAGUCAGUGGCACAGCUGAGCCACGGAUUUUUUGUUUUUGUUUAUGUGUAUUACCUGUAUCACCUGUUUAAUUUAUGAGUCGAUACUACUAUUUGUGUAACUUAUUUUAUAUAUACGAUAAUAAUAGUGAAUUAGUGAUCGUAUUAAAAUUUUUUUAACACUAAAUAAAAUAAAAACUUAUUUUUGUCUUUGAUAGUUUCAU